AUGUUAUUUUGUUAGGGAUAAGAAUCAUCAAAAUUAGUUUUAAUUGGUUUAGAAAUAAUGGAAACAUUGAUAAAAAGUAGUAAAUAGCAUUUAAGACAUAAAGUUGAACCAUUAGUUAGAUUAAUAAAUUAAGAAAUCAGUUAAUUUGAGAAGAAAAAGAAUUAGUGUAAAGGAAUAAAGAUAUAUAUAUUAUUAGAGAAUUUACUUGAUUCUCAAUUACAUAUGUUUAUUCCAUUUAUGUGUAAAUUAUUGAGUAAAGAAGUUUCAAGUGUCUUAUUAGAAGUGAGAAAAGAUAUAAUAAAUUUAUUUGUGUCUUUAUCUAGAAAAUGCCCAACAACAGUUUAAUAUUUAUCAUUAAUUGUUAAUUCAUUAUUAAACUUAGUUGAAUUGAGUGCUAAAACAUAAUAAUAAUUAGAAAUGCAUCAAACAGCAUUAAAUUGUCUUGUAAAUUUAAUCUUACAACAUAAGAAUCUUAUGCUUGUUUAUUUACCUAUGAUUCAUUUAUAAGUACAAAAAUAUAAGAUACAUCACUAAUAAUAUUAAAAAUUAAUUGAAAUAUUUUUGAUGUACGGUAAUUUAGAAGAUUUGAAUAAUCUAUUAGAUGAAGAUUAUAAAGCUAUUGAGUAAUUAUUUCAUCUAGAUUGCUUCAUAUUAUUCAAUUGA